AUGCACAUCUUACCAUGGGCUCAAAAGCUCCCCUCAGCUGCGGAACAGGAGGAUUAUGCUGCAUCCACGGCCGAGGCGGCGUCGAUGCAAAACGACAACCGUGUCGUACACUUCGCUACUUCUCCUUCUUCUGUUUCUAAUAGGUCAAAGCUAACAAAGAAUGUUUUUGCCGCUACUACAUUGCUCCUUCCCGUGCUUCUUUUUGUCUACUUUUGUCUUUCUUCAAGGAGCAAAGGGGAACCGCCAGGGCUGCUACGGCGGCGACUCGCAAGCGUUGGCGAUGACGGAACAAAUAUAUUCGGUUCCAGACAAUCUGUGGAGGAAUGCGAGCAGUUUCUAUCAGCAAAUAUUCCGGUUUACGAUGAAAAUACCGUGGGCCCUACAUAUCCCGCAGUGCCCUGGGAAGAGUUAUCGCGCACAGAAAAUAACAGAGAAAGCAGGCGGAGGAAGCGUAAGAGCUCUAUCGAUGGGGAAAGACACUGGAGAACGGAUCCCUGGAUGCUGGACACACUGCCAUCAACGCAGGUCGCAGACUCACCAAAUCCCUUCAUGGAGCCACAACCUCCAAGCAAGAAGCGCACUUUAGCGCAUGCUGGCAACUUUUCAGACCAGCUGCAUGCCACACCACAUGAAUUCGUGAGUAACAGAAAGUUAGAGUUGAGUGGAACAGCUGAGGAGACGAUGGCUGAGUCCGGCAGCACCAGGAUGCCAGAAAAUCCUAGUAGCUGGCUUUUUAACUCUCUGCUCGGCGUAGAAAAUACUUCGCUUGACUGCGUCUCGGAGCAGAUCGACGGUGAGGCGAAAUGUAGCGACGUUGCAAGAGGCAAUUCAGGUGAAGGGGCAGCUGCUUUAUUCUACGAGCUCGGUGAGCAAGGUAUCCAAGGAGCGGACAUCCUUCAGUUUGGAAAUUUUCCGGAGAGUUACAAUUUGCCUCCUAAUCAUUGUCCUGGAGAAGCGGCCAAAACGGAGCCGCUGCAGGAGGUUCCAGCCUUCCUUCCGCCGUCACACAUUCCAGAUCCCACAUCCCACGAUAUAGGAUUGAAUUCCCAAAGAGGCGUCAACGCCACGCUGUGCAGUAAUCUUGAAUCAAGCUCUGAUGAGCUGCUUCUUCCCCUGUUAAAGCAGUCGGAAUAUUACUUACCAGGCAGCACCGUGGAACAGCAAAAUAGCAAUAGGCAGCAUCUUGAUUUCACACUUGACAGUUCAAGAGAGGAAGGUAUUGGCCUGCCGUUCGACACGCUGACGAAUCAAGGCAUCCAAGGUAUUCAAAAAGCAGGCGUCCUUCAGCCUGAUGAGAUUGUGGGAAUUGACUAUUUGCUUUCUGGGCAACAUGCUGACGAAGGCGUCAGUGUGGCGCCACUGCAGGGACUUCCGCCCUAUUCACUGCAGUCACACAUUCCAGAAUCUACGUCUCAAGAGCAAGACUUGCGUUCCAACGAAAACGUCAGAGCCAUGCUGUGGAGUGACCCCAAGUCAAGAGAGUGUGAUGAGUGGCAUACUCACCUGGACCAGCUGGGAGAUUCACUACCAAACAGCUCCGUGGAACAGCAAAAUAGCAGGAAUGUGCUUCCUGGAUUUGCACUUGACAGUUCAGGGGAGGAAGGUAUUGGCUUGCCCUUUGACAAGUUGGCAAAUGAAGGCGGCCAAUGCAUUGAAAACACAGGCAUCCUUCAGCCUGGUGAGACUGUGGGAAGUAACUAUUUGUUUUCUGGACAAUGUGAUGGCGACGCCGGCAGUGUGGUGGCAUUGCAGGGACUUCCGCCCUAUUCACUGCAGUCACACAUUCCAGAAUCUACGUCUCAAGAGCAAGACUUGCGUUCCAACGAAAACGUCGGAGCCAUGCUGUGGAGUGACCCCAAGUCAAGAGAGUGUGAUGAGUUGCUUGCUCACCUGCUGGACGACUUGGGAAAUUCAUUACCAAACAGCGCCGUGGAACAGCAAAGUAGCAGGGAUCUUCUUCCUGGCUUUGCAGCUAGCAGUUCAGGGAAUGGAGACAUUGGCUCAGACCCCAACUUGCUGGUGAACCACGGCACCCAAGGAGUAGGCAUUCUUCAGUCUGGAAGGUCUUCGGAGAAACAUCAUUUUAUUCCUGGUCAGGAUUAUGGACAAGUUGUCAAUGUGAUGAUGCCGGUGCACGGGCGUGCUCCCCUUUUAGUGCCAUCAUCCGUUCCACACUUUACAACUCAUGACAGCGGGCCCAAUGCCCAGCAAAAUGUACAUCUCGCUUCCAGUACAGAGCCAUGGAAUAGUGCUUUUGCGUUUUUGCCCACAUUUUAUGAUCCCAAGAAUGCAAGCAUGGUAUCCAUAUCUAAUCCGGCUAAAAAACAUCAGGCACAAUCUCGUGCAGCCUCAACUAAGGAAGCCGUCAUUUCAGAUGAGGCGUGCAGACAGCACCCGUACUGGAGACUACCGAAGGUCAGCCAGAGACUAGAACACAAGAGGUUUUCUUGGGAAAAGGCAUUGUUCAGCAAUUGCCGUGAAAAACUUGUUGAUUUGCUAAUGCCUGUCCGCGAAUUGCUAGCGAAGCCUGAACUCGAAGAAAAAGAGCUUGCAACCCUCAUGCAACUAGGAGAAAAGCUACUGAACGAAGCGGUUUGGUCAACAACCAUUGGCACUGGGUCGGACAUAUCCUGGAAAGUAGCACAAGGGUUGGGACGUCGUUUUCUUGUCGCGGACUACUUGUGGUGCAUCUGUGAAGUGGUCGGGCCGCCAAUGGAGAAGGACGCUUGGUGGGGCAAGCUGAUGGGAAAGUAUCUACAUAUUGGCUACUUAAAGUCCUAUGCCAGUUCGAAAUCACGUGGUCUCUCCUAUCUCGUUAGGCGAUUUAUAUCCGCUCUGGAUGAAUACCGAAAAGGGAAGCGUCCUCAACCACGUGAUGUAGUAAUGUUGAAACAGGCGAUUUUUUUCAAAUUACACCGUCGGUCAUGGUUUAGAGAUCCAUCUUGGGAGCCAUGGAGACAGGACAACAAUGCAUCUUUAGGGAGCUCUUAA